AAUAGGUUUUAAUCGGACCGUUAUCCAAUGUACAAUAAAUAAACAAAUAUAGAUGAUUGGAAAUUGCUGCUUUGAUACAUUUUUAAGCCCUUUUUUAACCACGUGACCACAUGAUAUGUAUUUUGAUGUAAUAUGGCGCCUUUAAUUGUCACAGUGUAAUAAAAUUUCUAAAAGGAUGUAAAAUUCUUUUAAAUGUUAAACUUGAAAUUUAACACAGAAUGCCAGUUGAUAUAAAUCGAUUAACGGAAGGUUGGCUAGAAUUGGAAAGUGACCCAGGUUUAUUUACAUUGCUAUUGGAAGAUUUUGGAGUAAAAGGUGUACAAGUAGAAGAAAUAUAUGAUCUACAAAAAUCGUUGGAAGGUCCAGUGUAUGGUUUCAUAUUCCUAUUUCGUUGGAUAGAAGAAAGGAGGUCCAGACGUAAAGUUGUAGAACAAGAUGAAAGUUUUGUGAAAGAUGAAGAAAUUGUUAACAAUAUAUUUUUUGCACAACAGGUUGUGCCCAACAGUUGUGCAACACAUGCACUACUCUCUGUAUUACUUAAUUGUCCAAAUAUUCAUUUGGGUACAACUUUAUCUAGGUUGAAGAUGCAUACAUCUGGUAUGUGUCCAGAAAAUAAAGGAUGGGCAAUUGGUAACACGCCUGAAUUGGCUUGCGCUCAUAAUUCUCAUGCAAUGCCACAAGCCAAAAGACGUCAAGAUAAAAAUACUGGAGUCUCAACUGGUAGGUUUACUGGAGAAGCUUUUCAUUUUGUUAGCUAUGUACCAAUUAAUGGUAGAUUAUUUGAAUUGGAUGGUUUAAAACCGUACCCUAUGGAUCACGGUCCUUGGAAAGAACACGAAGAGUGGACUGAACAAUUUAGAAGAGUAAUUACCGAUCGUUUGGGAAUGGCAACAGGGGAACAAUUGCAAGAUAUAAGAUUUAAUUUAAUGGCUGUUGUUCCUGAUAGAAGACUUGCUAUUUCACAUAAAUUAACUAUGUUGAAAACUAAUAGACAGAUAGUACUAGAGGCAUUGCAACAACUUGUUAAACUAAGUCAUCAAGAUGGGACAGAGAAAAAUUCGAAUGAUACUGAGAAAUCGGAUAAGUCAUACGAGAAAAAGAACAAACCUGAGGAGGAAAAUGGCUCGUCUAAUAAAUCAGAGAUCGAUGAAACUUCAUCAGCACCAGCUAUUACAGUUGAAAGAAGCAGUGAUUCUACUAUAGAUACCGAAGAACAAGCUUCAAGCAUAACUUCAGGAAAGACUGAAUCAAAUGGUAUGGAAAAAGUAGUAAUGUGUGCACUGGAUUAUGCUACACCUCUCAGAAUCCAAACUUCACCAGCACACAGCUCGUCCAGUACUGAUACAUCUUCCGAGAUUGGAUCCGCAUUUAAUUCUCCGACGCAAGCAUGGGGAUGGAAUUCUGGUCAGAGCAGUCCAACGUCGACGAAAGAUUUCAAGAAGUUUGUCGUAAUUAGAGUAUCUGGGGAUGAAAAGAAUGAGGCAGGUUUAAUAGGUCGUUCUCUUGGGAACAUUAAUAUAAAUGGAAAAAGAUUAGUUUCCGACAGCGGGCACUUACAUAAGAAGGUCUGCUUGUCGGGAGAAGUUAGAAUACCUCAUGCCAGAGUAAAGACUAGUAACGGAGACACCGUCACCGAAGAAAAGAAGGUUGAAAAAAUCGAUCCGAAAUUAUGUACGAAAUAUCCGGAGUUGUUCGAACCGCAUACGUUUGCACCCAAAGAUCUUUUAGCAUUAUUGAAGAAUUUAGAACACGAAAUUAGUAUUUGCGAAACUAGCUUGAAAGACGAAAACGAUAAGAGGAACAAAUACAAGAUUGACGAUUGUCGUAGAACACAUAACUACGACGAAUUUAUCUGUACCUUCCUUUCGAUGCUUGCUCAACAAGGCAAAUUAGCGGAAUUGGUCCAGCAACACUUGACUUUGAAGAAACAUACUUCCGUAUCAGUGAAUAGGGUUCAUAGAUCUUCGAAGAAAACCGACACUCGUCCAAACUCAUCACGUAGACGUCGGGGUAGAACUAAGUGUAAAAAGCGAAAAUAAUCUUGGUAAUUGAAUCGAAAUGGUAAUAAUGGAGCUGUUAUCCCACUUAUCGAAUCGUCAAUAAAUUGUUGCAAGGACACAAUUUCAAACUGACAACAAGCAUGUAAAAAGAUUAUACUAUUGUUGAAGAAAAAUAGAGAUUGUGUUUCGCUCUUCGCAACACUUACGCAGCAUCAAAAGCGCCGAACUAUCAGUACUUCUUUUACUUUCUUACGUAGAUAUUCUUUAGACAAUAGUAGAUCGACGCCAGUGUUGAUUAUAAUUCUACUUUUUCUAUUUGGAAUUCAAUUUUUGUCACGAUUCACGGUUAUACUUUAGAACUAUACAAAUUAAUUUUAUGAUAUAUUUUUUAUAUUUUUUUCAUAUUAAUGCGUGGUUUCUACUGUCACGCUAUGUUUAUAAUAUACUAUGAAUCCAUUGCAUAUUCUUUGCAGUGUGUAUUAGUAACCUUUAUCUCUACAUUUAUUAUGUUUCAUAAAAAAUAUAUGGUUUCUUCGAUGCGAA